AUGUAUCAGGCAAGCAAUGUUUACUUUAUAUGCGGGUUUGCCGCCAUUGGCGGCGCCCUCUUCGGCUUCGACAUCUCGUCUCUGUCGGGCACCCUAGGCACCCAAGCCUACAAGCGCUACUUCAACAACCCAGUUUCAUACACACAGGGAGGCAUCACCGCCUCCAUGCCCGCUGGGUCCUUGCUGGGAUCUCUCGUCUCGUCGUUCCUGGCGGAUAAGUACUCGCGCAAGGUGGCGCUACAAAUCUCUUGCGUGCUAUGGAUUACCGGUUCCAUUCUCAUGACGGCCUCCCAAAAUGUUCCGAUGCUGUGUAUAGGCAGGGUGGUGUGCGGUUUCUCGGUUGGCAUCGCGUCGGCGAUUGUGCCAGUGUACCAGAGCGAGAUUGCGCCCAAGGAGAUCAGGGGCAGAGUAGUGAGCUUGCAACAAUGGGCUAUCACCUGGGGUAUCUUGAUUCAAUAUUUCAUCCAGUUCGGAGCUGCUCAUGGCACUGGAGGUGGACCAAGCGAUCCCGAUCAACCAACCGCCGCCUUCCGAAUCCCAUGGGGCAUUCAAAUGGUGCCUGCUGUCAUCCUCUUCGUCGGUCUCUUCUUCUUCCCUUACAGUCCUCGUUGGUUGGCGUCCAAGGAUCGAUGGGAGGAGGCUCUCCAGGUUCUGGCGAACCUACAUGGGAAGGGAAAUGCUCGCCAUCCCAAGGUACUGGCGCAGUAUCAGGAGAUUGAAGAUGCCUUGAAGUUUGAGAGAGAGCAGGCUGUGUCUUCAUUCAAAGCCCUCAUUGAGCCAAGGAUGUUGAAGAGGGUGGCACUGGGCAUGAGUAUUCAGAUGUGGUCUCAGCUGUGUGGCAUGAACAUCAUGAUGUACUAUAUCGUCUACAUCAUGGAAGGCGCCCAGAUUGCCUCUCCUUUGGCUACAGCAUCGAUUCAAUACGUCAUCAACGUGGUGAUGACCCUACCAGCCAUCCUCUUCCUCGAUAAAUGGGGCCGUCGUCCCUCCCUGAUCUAUGGAUCAUUCGGCAUGAUGACUUGGCUGUUCAUUUCUGGUGCCCUGCAACAAUAUUACGGACUUCCCAACACGGAGGAGACGAGAACGCCCGACAACAGCGACAUCACCUGGAUUGUUAUUAACAACCGGCCUGUUUCGUCCGCCAUUGUCUCGUGCUCGUACUUGUUUGUCGCUACAUUCGCCACAACUUGGGGUCCUGUCUCGUGGACCUACCCAGCGGAGAUUUUCCCGUCUAAGAUCCGUGCCAAAGCUGUUUCGCUUUCAACAUCGGCUAAUUGGUUCUGGAACAUGGUACUUGCCUUUGCUGUGCCGCCGCUGUUGUGGAACAUCUCUUACAAAAUGUACUACAUCUUUGCUGCAUUUAACGGGGCGGCUUUCAUCCACAUGGCACUGAUGGCGCCAGAGACGAAAGGGUUCACACUGGAGGAGAUGGAUGAGGUAUUUGACUCGGGGAGGCCAGCUUGGAAAAAGUUUGAUAGGGGAAGCAGGUUGGAGGAGCUGGAGAGAGAGAUUGAGAGGGGGAAUGUCAAGGUCUCGGUGCCUGCUGGUGGUCGACCCGUGGCCGGCGAUCCAGAGCAGGGCGUUGAGUUGAAGAAGGUGGCUACUCCUCCGGCUGGAACCCCUAUCUCAUGA